GUUACGCCAGGAAUCGUUUGUUAAACAGAGGUGUUGUACCUUCAAUUUAUGAAGAUACCUCUGAAGAAGCGGAGAUAAGUACAACCAUCGCUCUGAGUCCACGCAAGCAUACUGCCGACACUUCUGAGACCAUAGAGACAGUGCAGCCUGUGUUUCAACAGGAGGGAAAACAGCACAAUAUUAUCGUAAAUACCGCGCACAAAAGAAAGCAGAGCGGGAAAAGGAGAAAUUAGAAAUGAUAGCUGGCAGUCAAUUGAGGAAGCGAAAAACUGCUGCGGAAUAUCAGAGAGAGUACCGAGCGCGUAAAAAAGAUUCAACGCGGCAAAGAAACGAGAGUACAAUCGAGGAUACAGAGCAAAACACCAAUAACACCGGCACCGAAGACCCUUUCAUAAAGGAGAACAUGAAAAUUAUAAAUCUAGUGAAGAUCAAUCCAUUGGUGUAUACGAGUAUAUCCAAGAAAGAACGACAGGAAAUUUGGAAACAGAUUGAUAAGGCUUGUGGAUUUAAAAAUCCUCAAUCUAGAAAACGUUGGGAGCGAUUGCUUAGUGAUUUUUGUCUGCACAUACUUAAUGUGACUAAGAAAACACAACCAAAAGAUGGAUUGUCAACAUCUAAUAAAAAAACUGUAAAAUUUCAAGAUUACUGUUAUUUCAAAGAUAUGCUUUUCAUACUGCCCUUUAUCAAAAGUAUAGUAGGCAAUGCUAAUUUAAGUUCGAUACAGGAAAAAAUCAAAAAUGAAGGAAUGCUUAUAGAUGAUGUGCAUGUAAAUAUAAAUAUGGAGACGGAAGUAAAGCUGGAGCAGACUGACCCAAGUGAAGAUAUUGAAGAAAUUGCCGAAAAUAACGAAAUACCUUCCACAUCAAAAUCGCCUACAGUUACGGCACGAAAUAAAGCUCACAGCGAUUAUGAAACCACAAAUCAUGUAAAAAGAACGCCUAUAGAAAUAAAAAUUGAUAAUAAUGUUUAUCAAAUCGAAAUGAGUACGUCAGAGGAUUUGGAGACACCCAAUUGUGAUUUUAAGCUGAAAGAGCAUAAGAACAAUACUGAUCGCAUUAAUACGCAAAAAAUAUGUUCUACAAAUACUACAACAUAUACUUUAACCACAAUGGGCACUAUGACCGAUCGUAAGCCGGUGAUGACGCCUUAUGAGAACUUAACACCGGAAGAAAAAAGUUUGAAAGCAUUUUUUGAUGCAAUGUUGCAUGCAACACAACGAUUACCUGAAUUUCAUCAGCGUCGUAUUAAAGGUGAUUUAGUGAAAGCUUUGCGCCACCAAGGUGUCGACAUAACGGACUAGUUAAAUAAGUAUCUUAAAAAUAUGAUUAAUAAUAAAUUAAUUAAGUAAUAUCAUUAUUUAAUAUUUAUAUGUA